AAAAUCAUAGAUAAAAAAUGGAUCAACAAUCAAGUAAAAUAAACAAUAAAAAUAAAAUAAUUGCAAGUGAAAAACACAAAGAACUUGCUGGAUUUAUAAAAAAUACUCACAAUCGUUUGCGAGAAGAAUCAAAAAUUUAUGGAGCAAAUGAAGCUUGGAGUAGACAUCUAGCUAGAAAAAAAGACUUGCAGGAUUAUGCUUGUUCAAUGCAAGAGUUAGCAACAUCCCAUUGGAAAAAUAAUGACACAAAAACAAGUACCAAUUGUCGUAUCAAGUGGAUAAAAAAUCAGUGUCACAAUUAUUUUUUUAAUGAUGGAAAAAUUAAAUUUUUUGAUCGUGAAAAACAAAUUCAAGAAAAGAUAAAUGAUUUAUCAAAAACCAAAGACAAUGAAUUACCAUUUGAUUUACCGAAAAUAGAAAAAAUAAAUUUGCUAGAUGUUGGAAGCUGUUACAAUCCUUUUGAUGAUGAUGACAACUUUGAAGUGACUCCAAUAGACCUAGCUCCAUACUCCAAUAAAGUCUAUCAAUGUGAUUUUCUUAAUGUAGAUCUUGGUCAAGAGAAAAUUACUUGUAAUGACGAGAAAAUUAUACAGUUAAAAAUAUCUUCAUUUGACGUAGUAGUAUUUUCUCUGCUACUGGAAUAUUUUCCAUCACCAGAUCAACGAUUUAAUUGUUGUCAAAAAGCCUAUGAUGUUCUAAAACCAGGUGGAAUAUUAAUAAUAAUUACACCAGACUCUAAACACGUUAAUGCCAAUGCAAACAUCAUGAAAUCAUGGAGAUUUGUUUUGUCAAAAAUGGGAUUUAUGAGAAUUUGUUAUGAAAAAUUAGAACACAUUCAUUGUAUAUCAUACAGAAAAUGUUUUGAUAAAAAUGUUGCAUCAAGAUGGGCUGAUAUGCAGAUAAUUCCAAAAGAUAAUCAUCUUUUUAAAGCAGCUAAUAAAAUAUUUAUUCCACAAGAUUUUAAUUCUAUUUCUCUAAAUAAAAAUUGUGAUGAUGAAAUAAUUUAUAAUGUUGAAGAUAUGAUAUCUGGAUUUGAUCAGUUACCUCAAUAUUUUUGA